AGCGAAGCCAGCACGGGCGGGCACAUGAAAAUAGAAAUCGAAUCAAGCCGAGCGGGUGUGGGAGACUUGGAGGCAACAAAGGAAGCCGUAAUACUUUUGGGGAGGAAAGAGAGACGACACCGUGAGGGGAGCGUGAAAAGGAAAUUGGGAGCUUACGCGUGGAAAACUAUCCCUUUUGGGGCUCCCCUCUUUAAAUCAAAUACGGCCGGGCGCGAGAAGAGGAGGAGGAGGCUCCCUAGCGCCGGCUGGGCUGCAUUAAGUCCCGCCGGAUUCGGUGCGGGCGGGCUCGCGCUGGGCGGAGUUGGCUCGGGCGGGCGCAUCUCAGAACUUUUGUUUGGGAGUGUUUGUGCGCGAGAUAGUUUCAGAGAUUUAUCCACACGUUUAGAUAGAAUAUAGAUAUAUUAUAUAUAUUCAUUCCUGGACGGGCCGGAUUCAGGAGAAAGGAGUAGAAGCGCAGGGGGGUGGGGAAGUUGCGGGUCAAGUUACUUUUCGGCGGAGGGACGCGAAGGGGAGUCAAUCGAGAGAGGCGCAAGGAGCGGGGCAUGCGGGACGGACAGCCCGGAGCUGUUGCUUAAGAGAAGCGGCUGAAGUAGGGAGGGGAGCCUACCAUGGACGCCACCGGGCAGCCCCAGCAGCAACCACAAUCGGCCUCUCAGCAGUCGCAGCCGCCGCCACCUCCGUCGGGGCAGCCGCCGCCUUCGGGUCAGUCCUCCUCCUCCUCUCAGCAGCCCGGCGGUGGCGGCGCCGUCUCCGGGCCCCCUCCAGCCGGCCACCAAAUCGUCCAUGUCCGUGGCGACUCGGAGACGGACUUGGAGGCGCUUUUCAACGCCGUCAUGAAUCCCAAGGGCGCCAACGUGCCCCACACGCUGCCCAUGAGGCUCCGGAAACUGCCCGACUCUUUCUUCAAGCCGCCGGAGCCCAAGGCCCACUCCCGCCAGGCCAGCACAGAUGCAGGUACGGCAGGAGCCCUGACUCCUCAGCAUGUCCGUGCUCACUCCUCUCCAGCUUCACUGCAGUUGGGAACAGUUUCUCCAGGGGUUCUUACUCCUUCCGGUGUGGUUCCUGGAGCUUCACCUCCAUCUCAACAUCUCCGUCAGUCAUCAUUUGAAAUCCCUGAUGAUGUGCCCCUACCGCCAGGUUGGGAAAUGGCAAAGACACCUUCUGGCCAGAGAUAUUUUUUGAAUCACAUUGAUCAGACAACAACAUGGCAAGAUCCAAGGAAGGCCCUCCUUUCCCAGAUGAAUGUUACAGCUCCCACAAGUCCUCCAGUGCAACAGAGCAUCAUGAAUUCGGCAACCGGCCCGCUCCCUGACGGAUGGGAACAAGCCAUGACCCAGGAUGGAGAAAUUUACUACAUAAACCAUAAGAACAAGACCACAUCUUGGCUAGAUCCAAGGCUUGACCCACGCUUUGCUAUGAGCCAGAGAAUCAGCCAAAGUGCUCCAGUGAAGCAACCACCUCCACUAGCCCCGCAGAGUCCACCUGGUGGAGUGCUGGGAGGCAGCAACUCCAACCAACAGCAGCAGAUGAGACUACAGCAACUUCAGAUGGAAAAAGAGAGAUUGCGACUGAAGCACCAAGAACUGCUCCGGCAGGUGAGGCCACAGGCAUUGCGGAAUAUCAAUCCCAGCACAGCAAAUUCUCCAAAACGUCAGGAAUUGGCUCUUCGUAGUCAGCUUCCCAGCAUGGAACAAGAUGGAGUGUCUCAGAAUCCAGUGUCCUCUCCUGGAAUGUCUCAAGAGCUGAGAACCAUGACCACAAAUAGCUCAGAUCCUUUUCUUAACAGUGGAACUUACCACUCAAGAGAUGAGAGCACAGACAGUGGCCUCAGCAUGAGCAGUUACAGUGUCCCCAGAACUCCAGAUGAUUUCCUCAACAGUGUCGAUGAAAUGGAUACAGGUGACACUAUCAACCAAAGCAACAUACCCUCCCAUCAGAACCGUUUUCCAGAUUACCUUGAAGCCAUUCCAGGGACAAACGUGGACCUUGGGACGCUGGAAGGAGAUGCAAUGAAUAUAGAAGGAGAGGAACUGAUGCCGAGCCUACAAGAGGCUUUGAGUUCCGAUAUCCUUAAUGACAUGGAGUCCGUAUUAGCAGCCACCAAGCUAGAUAAAGAAAGUUUUCUUACCUGGUUAUAGGGGCCUCAGGGAGAUGGAGUUUGAAAUCUUUGAAGGAUCUAAGGAGAUAAGACACGUACCUGAAGUUGAAAACAAGCCUGUGCAGCAAAGGUUUCUUGGCUUAUGAUCAGAGAGGAAAACAAGUAAAUGAACAAAAUACUACAGAUUCUUUUCAUCCAGUGUUUUGUUCCUCUUGUCCAAUCGCUGCUGUUUUAUUGCUGACCUCUUUCACAGUUGACUCUGAUGAAUUAGAUGAUUUGUUUUACCUUUGUUUUUUUUUGCUGUUGCAACUACUGUUCAACAUGGUGGUAAUGGAGAGGGAAAGGAUGGAGAAUUAGUGAGGGAGACCCUAACCCUGUUUUGGAUGAUGACUGCCAUUCCUUUUGUCCUGCUAUCUGUUUGUAUAUCCUUUUAUCUAAUAAUAUGGAUUUUUGUUGAGUUUAACUCUGCAUGUCUCCACUUGUAGCUGGCUCUGCUCUGCUUGGAGUUUUGCUGUGUUGCCUGUGGCAAGUAGCAAAAAACAUGACUUACUGGUCCAACAAACCAAAAAUGAUGUACCUGAUGGAAUAGAAGUCAAUACUGAUUUGGAGAUGAGGAUCAGAAGAUGGCUGAAAUCUUAUUAUUGGGCACAAUCCAUCAGACACUAUGGCUGCUUGAUCAACAUUGAAAUGAAUUAAAUAAAAGAGGCAUGGCAGUAUUUUUCUGUUGGAUUAUGCCCAUUGUUAACUCCUUACUAGUUCUCUCUGUUAGCUUGUUCACAUUUUAUGGCACCAUUACUGAGUCAUUUUACACACAAAAAAUUAUGAAUGGUGAUUGUUGCCUCUUAUUUUACUUAUUAUUUCCUUCUCAAACUCUAGAUCUUUUUUUAAUCAUAGCAAUAGGUUAGGGUGUUAACUGUUUUCAGUUUUGUGUUUUUUGUUUCAUAUUUUUAAAUAGUGAAAACUAAAUUUCCUGACUUCACCUAGUCUUAUUUAAAUCUGAAAUGGUGUGCUUUUUUUUUAUACUUAACUAGUGUAGCCAAUAGACGGUGAAUAUCUAUAGUUCUGUGUUUUGCUUGUAACUUUGUAAAAGAUAGCUUUAAAUGUAUUCAUUAGACUAAAGGACUGGUGGCUUAUCUUUCAUACCUGUAACAGAAUUUAAAGCAAGGAUUCUCCAAGGGCAGAUUUUAAAAGUUGUAACUCUUACUGAACACUAUUCCUAAAUACACUUAUUUGAAAGUUAACUCCAGUUAUUUCAGAGGAAUUUGCAUCCAUCAAAGAGUUUUUAGGGCUUAAGAGUAACCAACUUACAUUGCUUUUAUGAUUUUUAAACACAGCACAAAAUAUACUAGGAGUCUUCAACAUGGGACAGCUCUUGCCAUUUUUGCGAGCGCUUUGUAAAAUUUUGAUGAAAUUGGUGGCUUAAGGUUGUGAAGUCCCUGAUGGAUACAAAUUGAGAUGCUUUCUUGUAGCUAGUUUUAUGAUAUGAUCUGCACUGUCAUCUGGGUUUACAACGCUAGCAACAUGAACACUAAAAAUUAAGGUGCAUCAAAGGCAUGCUGAUAUAUAAGCCCAUGGUGCAUAUAGAAGAUUGUAAAGAUAUGUGUUAGAUGGUGACAUGAGCAAGUAGUCGUGUAUUUUAGUAGUAGAAGUUAGCACUGAAGUCGAGGAGUUGAGUACAUCUUGAUACCAUUCACUUUUCUUUGACAGGAAAUGAUUGUCCUCGAAGUUGUCUGUAGAAAUUGUAAUGUUUUCCAAAGAGUAUUUUUAAGUGAACAAAAUGAGCGUGAAUCAAUGUUACAGUAUAAGCUAUGAAGUUUUUAGAAGGUUUUUUAAAUGCAUUGGCAUCAGCAAGUAUCAUAAGGAUCUUUCAACAUUCCCAUUAAUUCAUUGUCCUUAUUUUCAAGGGUUGACUAUCAAACAACUGUAUAGGCUAAAACUUGGUAUAUAAAUCUUAACAGCAAUAUCUCGUAGGUUUGUUUGGCCACUUAUAGUUGACGUAUGGGGUGAAACUAACAGAUGAGACCUAAAGCUUAGCCUAUGCCAAGAAGCUUAAUGGGUGCCCUCUGCAAUGUCAUGUUAGUCCGUAAGUCAGUAUCUUGACAUGUAGUCAUAACAACGGAUCACACUCCCAUUCAGAGAAUUCUUUGUUCCUGUUCUCCCCACCCUUUCCCAAGGAUUCUUUUGAAAGCAAGCUGACAUGAAAUAUAAAUUUACUUUAGCAGUCAUAUAAAUGAAGAAAAGUGGGACAUUCAGAGUUCCUGCUUUUUGAUUAUCCAUUUGUAUCCAGAUACUGGAGGACCAUUUAUACCUAUUUGAGCCUCAAGUAGAAAUUGCUGAAUUCCUAUCCUGGGUAUCGCAUAGAGGUGUGCAGAAACAGUUUCUUUGCUUUUCUUGGUCACAGCUUUAAAGUUAGAUUUCCCCCCCCUUGUUGUACAUACACUACACAGCGUAUACUGUAUUUGAGUAGCACUGCUGGAGAGGUACCGACAUAAAACUGGGAAUUCUUGAAUUUCUCUUACACUAAGCUGUUUAUGCAGUAGUUACUUUUUAACCCUCUUCAUUUGAUGGGAAAUGUGCCUUAGAGAUGACUUGUACUGUUGGCAGAAGAAGAAAAACAAACCAGACUGAUCGGAAGUUUUUAUUCGAAUCUAUCACUUUGACAAAGUUGCUUAAUUUUUUGUGUGUGUAUUCAAAUGAAAAAAAAGAAAGAGAAGUGUUAUGGGUAGUAUUUUGUAUUGAUUGGUGUAUAUAUUUAAGCAGAUCACUGUCCUAACUUUUUACAUCUAGAUUUUUUUUAAGUACAGUAUGUUCAGAAUGCAAUUAAAACUUAAGAAUUCUUGUAUGUCUGGCAGCAUAACUGCUCUGGAAUGUGUACCGUUUCUAUAAAUUGUAAUGGAUCAAAAAUUGUACCAAUCAGUGUUGGAGCUCAAGCAAUGCAAGAGGUAGAAAGACAAUUUCAGAGUAAUUAAUGGUAACCUAGUUUUUGCACAUCUGGAGAAUUCAUAUUAAAAUGACUUCACUUGCAAUCAUAGUGGGAAUUUUUAUACAAAAUGCAGGGGUGUGUGUGUCUAAACACUUUCCUUUAGGAUGAAAAACCUCCAUAUUUUAAAAUGUUUUCUGUUAGAGAACUCUGAAACACAACUUUUUUGAAUAUAUAUAUAGUUAUGAAUGUUAUAUUUUCUUUAGAUGUAAGAGCAUGCCUCUGUUAGGUACCAUAGUAAAUUCUGUUACAUUGUUUUCUUUUAUGUAAUACUUUUUUCAUUGCUUUUUUUUUGUUUUAC